GAAUCGCUUGUCGGCGCGGCGCCUUUCCUUUCCCUUUAUCGCCGGCGCACAGCGGGCCCCGGGCUGCAGGAGAGCCGCCGAGGCUGCGGAACGGGCCUGGAGCUUGAGGAGUGAUGGCGGCGCCGGCGGCCUCCGCGACCCCGCCGAAAAAGAUCGUAGCACCCACCGUGUCGCAGAUUAACGCGGAGUUCGUAACGCAGUUAGCAAAUAAAUAUUGGGCUCCGCAUGUGAAGAAAAAACUGUCUUUUGAUUCAAAGGUUAUUGAAGAUGUAUAUGCAAAAGAAAUUGUCAAAUCAAAGUUUGCAAUUAGAAAGAUAAUGCUUCUUGAAUUCAGCCAGUACCUUGAAAAUUACCUAUGGGUGAAUUAUUCUCCAGAGGUGUCCAGUAAGGCAUAUUUAAUGUCAAUCUGCUGCAUGGUGAAUGAGAAGUUCAGAGAGAAUGUCCCUGCGUGGGAGACAUUCAAAAAGAAGACAGAACACUUUCCCUUCUUUUUCAAACGCAUUCUGGAAGCAUCGCUGGUUGAGGAUGAUAAUGAAUUCUCUCUACAGGAACAGACAGUUCUCCUGCUUUUCCUUGAUCACUGCUUCAAUAGUUUGGAAGUGGAUUUGAUAAGAAGUCAAGUGCAGCAGCUCAUUUCCUUACCGAUGUGGAUGGCUCUACAACCUAAACGACUGGAGCAAGAGCUGAAAAAGACACCGAAACUAAGAAAAUUCUGGAAUCUCAUUAAGAAAAAUGAUGAGAAAAUGGACGAGGAGACAAGAAUGCAAGCAUAUCGAGAGAGAAGAUUUCUUUCACAGCUCAUUCAGAAAUUCAUUUCUGUGCUAAAAUCAAUACCUGUCUCAGGUCCUAUUUCUAUGGACAAAGUUCAUUAUUGUGAGAGAUUCAUUGAACUCAUGAUAGAUCUUGAGGCUUUGCUUCCCACAAGACGCUGGUUUAAUACAGUGUUGGAUGACUCCCAUCUUGUUGUGCACUGCUACCUGUCUAGUCUUGCCAAAAGAGAGAAGGAGGGUCAUCUCUUCUGCCAGCUUUUAGAUAUGCUUAAAUUCUACACUGGCUUUGAAAUCAAUGAUCAAACUGGAAAUGCUUUGACAGAGAAUGAGAUGACAACGAUUCACUAUGACAGAAUUACUUCUUUACAGAGAGCUGCAUUUGCACACUUCCCGGAGUUAUAUGACUUUGCACUCUCGAAUGUAGCUGCAGUAGAUACUCGUGAUGCUCUGGUAAAGUUGUUCGGACCACUCAGCUCAAACAUGCUCCACCAGGUGGCAUCGUACCUCUGCUUGCUGCCUUCCCUUCCAGAAGGGAGUGAUACCAGCUAUGAGAAGGAAUUUCUUCUAGAGCUGCUGGUUUCCCGUCAUGAGCGACGAAUAUCUCAAAUUCAGCAACUCAAUCAGAUGCCUCUGUAUCCCACAGAGAAGAUUAUUUGGGAUGAAAAUAUUGUUCCAACUGAAUAUUAUUCUGGAGAAGGCUGUCUUGCACUUCCCAAACUGAAUCUACAGUUUCUGACUCUGCACGAUUACUUGCUAAGGAACUUCAAUCUGUUUCGCUUAGAGUCAACUUAUGAGAUCAGACAGGACAUUGAAGAUAGCGUCAGUAGGAUGAAACCAUGGCUGUCAGAAUAUGGAGGAGUGGUCUUUGGUGGAUGGGCUAGGAUGGCACAGCCCAUCGUGUCUUUCACAGUGGUAGAGGUUGCAAAGCCCAAUAUUGGUGAAAACUGGCCCAUGCGAGUACGAGCAGAUGUCACAAUUAAUUUGAAUGUUAGAGAUAGCAUCAAAGAUGAAUGGGAAGGUCUACGGAAACAUGAUGUUUGUUUUUUGGUUACGGUACGGCCCACGCAACCUUAUGGCACGAAAUUUGACCGAAGACGACCUUUUGUUGAACAGACUGGCUUGGUUUAUGUUAGAGGCUGUGAAAUCCAGGGCAUGUUGGAUGAGAAAGGACGUGUUAUUGAAGAGGGACCUGAACCCAAACCUAGACUUAAAGGCGACUGCAGAACGUACAGAGUGUUUCUGGACCCAAACCAGUAUCAACAAGACAUGACCAAUACAAUUCAAAAUGGAGCAGAAGAUGUGUACGAGACUUUUAAUAUAAUAAUGAGAAGAAAACCAAAAGAAAACAAUUUCAAGGCUGUUCUGGAGACUAUUAGAAAUUUGAUGAAUACAGAUUGUGUGGUUCCUGACUGGCUACAUGACAUUAUUCUUGGAUAUGGAGACCCAAGUAGUGCACACUAUUCAAAAAUGCCGAAUCAGAUUGCAACUCUAGAUUUUAAUGACACCUUCCUGUCCAUUGAUCACUUAAAAGCGAGCUUUCCAGGUUACAAUAUUAAAGUGACUGUUGACAAUCCAGAGCUACAAGUACCUCCUUUCAGGAUAACAUUCCCAAUAAUAGGAGGUAAAGGAAAGAAAAGAAAAGAGGAUGGGAAUGAGGAAAAACCUGAAGAAGCUAAAACACUGAUUGUGGAGCCUCACAUCAUUCCAAACAGGGGACCAUAUCCAUAUAAUCAACCAAAACGCAAUACUAUCCAAUUUACCCACACUCAGAUUGAAGCUAUACGUGCAGGAAUGCAACCUGGACUAACUAUGGUAGUGGGUCCACCUGGUACAGGGAAAACUGAUGUUGCAGUCCAGAUAAUAUCCAAUCUUUAUCAUAAUUUCCCAGAACAGCGAACUCUUAUAGUUACACACUCUAAUCAGGCCUUGAACCAGCUGUUUGAAAAAAUCAUGGCUCUAGACAUUGAUGAGCGCCACCUCCUGCGUCUGGGUCAUGGAGAAGAGGAAUUAGAGACAGAGAAAGAUUUCAGCAGGUAUGGAAGAGUGAAUUAUGUUCUGGCUCGAAGACUUGAACUCCUGCGAGAAGUUGGGCGAUUGCAAGAGAGUCUUGGUGUCCCAGGAGAUGUUUCUUACACUUGUGAAACAGCUGGCCACUUUUUCUUAUACCAAGUAAUGUCUCGUUGGGAAGAAUAUGUCAGCAAAGUGAAAGUUAAAGGUGGAAAAUCACCAGAUGUUUCAGAUGUAUCCAGUUUAUUUCCCUUUCAUCAGUAUUUUGCAAAUGCUCCUCAACCAAUUUUCAGAGGCAGAUCCUAUGAAGAGGAUAUGGAGAUUGCUGAAGGGUGUUUCAGACAUCUAAAGAAAAUCUUCACUCAGCUUGAGGAAUUCAGAGCAUUUGAACUUCUCCGGAGUGGCCUGGAUAGAUCCAAAUACCUGUUGGUGAAAGAAGCAAAAAUCAUUGCUAUGACUUGUACCCAUGCCGCUCUGAAACGACAUGACCUGGUUGAAUUAGGCUUCAAAUAUGACAACAUUUUAAUGGAAGAGUCUGCACAGAUUCUGGAGAUAGAAACCUUUAUACCUCUCCUGUUACAGAAUCCUCAGGAUGGAUUCAGUCGUUUGAAGCGGUGGAUUAUGAUUGGUGACCAUCACCAGUUGCCACCAGUCAUUAAGAACAUGGCUUUUCAAAAAUACUCCAACAUGGAGCAGUCCCUCUUCACACGCUUUGUUCGAGUAGGAGUGCCGACUGUUGAUUUGGAUGCACAAGGAAGAGCAAGAGCAAGUUUAUGUAACCUCUACAACUGGCGUUAUAAAAAUCUGGGUAAUCUGCCUCACGUGCAGCUUAUGCCAGAGUUCAGAACAGCAAAUGCUGGGUUUUUAUAUGACUUCCAACUUAUAAAUGUAGAAGACUUUAAUGGUGUGGGAGAGUCUGAACCCAAUCCUUAUUUCUACCAGAAUCUCGGUGAAGCAGAAUAUGUUGUGGCAGUUUUUAUGUAUAUGUGCCUGCUUGGUUAUCCUGCAGACAGGAUAAGUAUCCUGACAACAUACAAUGGACAAAAACAUCUGAUCCGAGAUGUCAUUAACCAACGCUGUGGAAAUAAUCCAUUGAUUGGACGGCCAAAUAAGGUAACAACUGUGGACAGAUUUCAAGGUCAACAAAAUGAUUAUAUUCUCCUUUCACUAGUGCGUACCAAAGCUGUAGGCCACCUUAGAGAUGUUCGACGAUUAGUUGUUGCCAUGUCAAGAGCCAGGCUUGGGCUUUAUAUCUUUGCAAGAGUAUCACUCUUUCAGAACUGUUUUGAGCUAACUCCAGCUUUCAGCCAGCUCACAGCUAGACCACUUCACCUCCAUAUAAUUCCCACAGAAUGUUUUCCGGCAGCAAGACAGAAUGGGGAACCACCCACUCACCAAAUACAUAUAAUCAAGAAUAUGCCCCAAAUGGCUAACUUUGUUUACAACAUGUAUAUGCACAUGAUACAGAGUACACGCCACUACCAGCAGCGUUUAUUGCCCCCACCUGCAAUGAUUGAAGAGCCUGAAACUACUCAAGAGUCUGAAGCAGAAGUUGAAGUGCAAGGUACUCAGGAAGAUGCAGAAGAAAAUAAGGUAGAAGAAGAAAUAGUAAAGGUGGAAGAAUUGAAAGUGUCAGAAGUGGAUGAACAUCGAACGAUGCCAGAACACCCUGGAAGAGACAGUGACAGUGAAGACAGUGAACCUGAGGAUGAGAAUGAAAAGUGAUCCAAGUGCAAAUGGGAAAAUGCAGUUAGAAAUAUGAUCGCUAUUUUUACAUUGACUUUUUUAAGGUGAUUCCAUGUGUGAUGUGACCUUCUCUUCCUUAUUUUUACUGAAUGCUUUCUGGGCAAAAAAGAUUAUUUGCAGUCAUUCUACUGA